AUGAGAACUGUAAAUAACAAGAUGCAGGCAGAUACUGCUCUUCACCGUGAGAACUCAACAACAAUUCUCAGCAGUUCAAUCGACCGUAUUCGGUGUAUUGAGCUUCACGGAAGGGAUGCUAUUGUCAUCCUCAUGAAUAAACUGAAAGGUAAGGAACGUCCUUCCGAAUCUAGGACUACAGCCAUCCAGUUCCGUAUCCUGCGGGAGGAUUCCAAGCAGGAUAUACAACGGAGAAAGUCAGCCGUCAUCGAGAUUGGCGUUGAAGCAGGAAUGAGGUCGUACGUUACCCACGGCUCUUAA